UCCGCGGCCAUCUUGAGCGGUCGGUAUCCCGGCGCGCUGCGCGACUGGGAGGUGGGGUCCUGGGCCGCGGCCUCGGGAUCGAGGGCUGAGGGUGCUAUGGCGCCGGGCUGCAAAACUGAGUUGCGCAGUGUGACAAAUUGUCAGUCUAACCAGCCAAGUAAUGAAGGUGAUGCCAUCAAAGUGUUCGUGCGCCUGCGUCCCCCUGCAGAGGGCCCGCGGGCGGCCGAGGGAGAACAGAGCCUGUGCCUGUCUGUGCUGUCCGCCACGACGCUGCGGCUGCACUCCAACCCCGAGCCCAAGACCUUCACGUUUGACCACGUCGCCGACGUGGACACCACUCAGGAAUCUGUAUUCUCAGCUGUGGCUAAAAGCAUUGUGGAGUCCUGCAUGAGUGGUUAUAAUGGGACCAUCUUUGCAUAUGGGCAGACUGGCUCAGGGAAGACAUUUACUAUGAUGGGGCCAUCUGAAUCUGAUAAUUUUUCUCAUAACCUGAGAGGAGUAAUCCCACGAAGUUUUGAAUAUUUGUUUUCCUUAAUUGAUCGUGAAAAAGAGAAGGCUGGAGCUGGGAAGAGUUUCCUCUGCAAAUGUUCCUUUAUUGAAAUCUACAAUGAGCAGAUCUAUGACCUGCUGGACUCUGCAUCUGCUGGCCUGUACUUAAGGGAGCACAUCAAGAAGGGAGUCUUCGUCGUUGGUGCAGUGGAGCAGGUGGUAACGUCGGCUGCCGAGGCCUAUCAGGUGUUGUCUGGAGGGUGGCGAAACAGACGUGUGGCAUCAACGUCAAUGAAUAGAGAAUCCUCGAGGUCUCAUGCAGUCUUUACAAUCACAGUUGAGUCGAUGGAGAAGAGCAAUGAGACCGUGAAUAUACGGACCUCCCUGCUCAACCUGGUGGACUUAGCAGGAUCUGAGAGGCAAAAAGAUACCCAUGCAGAGGGGGUGAGGCUGAAGGAAGCAGGGAACAUAAAUCGAUCGUUGAGCUGCCUGGGCCAAGUCAUUACAGCGCUUGUGGACGUGGGUAAUGGAAAGCAGAGACAUGUUUGCUACAGAGACUCCAAGCUUACCUUCUUACUGCGGGAUUCCCUUGGGGGUAAUGCCAAAACUGCCAUCAUUGCAAAUGUUCAUCCUGGAUCCAGGUGUUUUGGGGAAACUCUGUCAACACUUAAUUUUGCUCAAAGAGCCAAGCUGAUUAAAAAUAAGGCAGUGGUUAAUGAAGACACACAAGGAAAUGUGAGCCAGCUCCAAGCUGAAGUGAAGAGGCUCAAAGAACAGCUGGCCCAGCUCACGUCAGGGCACCUGCCACCAGGAAGCCUUCUGAGCCGAGACAAAGAGCAGACGGAUUACAUGAAGUACUUCCAGGAAGCGAUGUUAUUCUUUAAGAAAUCUGAACAGGAAAAGAAGUCCCUGGUAGAAAAAAUUACCCAGUUAGAAGACCUCACCCUGAAGAAGGAAAAAUUUAUUCAGUCGAACAAAAUGAUUGUUAAGUUCCGGGAGGACCAAAUCACGCGCCUGGAGAAGCUGCACAAGGAGUCCCGGGGCUGCUUUCUCCCCGAGGAGCAGGACUGUUUGCUCUCGGAGCUAAGGGAUGAGAUCCAGACUCUGCGCGAUCAGAUCGAGCACCACCCGAGAGUUGCCAAGUAUGCCAUGGAAAAUCACUCCCUCAGGGAAGAGAACAGAAGACUCAGACUGUCAGAGCCCGUGAAAAGAGCCCAGGAAAUGGAUGCUCAGACCAUUGCAAAACUAGAAAAAGUGUUCUCUGAAGUAUGUGGCGCAGAGAACAACAAAGGUCAGCCGGGAUUGUCUCCUAAAGCUCAGAAAGCGCCAUUUGCAAACACUGAGAAGUUAAAGUCGCAGCUCCUGCAAGUCCAGACAGAGCUGAAUACUUCGAAGCAAGAAUACGAAGAAUUCAAGGAACUGACGAGGAAGCGGCAGCUAGAAAUGGAGUCAGAGCUUCAGGCUUUGCAGAAAGCCAACCUCAAUCUUGAAAACCUUUUGGAAGCGACAAAAGCCUGCAAGCGGCAAGAAGUUUCCCAGCUGAAUAAAAUCCACGCUGAAACGCUGAAGAUUAUAACUACACCAACCAAGGCUUAUCAGCUUCGUUCUCUGCUGGUGCCAAGAAUGAGCCCUGAGAUAGGGAGCUUUGCUCCUGCGCACACUGAGGAGUCCAGCAAAGUGGAUAAUGACAUCGCCAAUGAGCCCAUUCCCCCUGAGAUGAGCGAGCAAGCAUUUGAGGCCAUUUCAGAAGAGCUGAGAACAGUGCAGGAACAAAUGAGUUCUCUUCAAGUCAAGUUGGACGAAGAGGAGCACAAAAACCUGAAGCUGCAGCAGCAUGUCGACAGACUGGAGCAUCACUCCACACAGAUGCAGGAGCUUUUCUCAUCAGAAAGAACGGAUUGGGCCAAACAGCAGCAGGAGCAUCUCUCACAGUUGAACAUCCUUGACAAGCAGCUGCGAGACACUCAAACCAAGAAUGACUUUCUGAAGAGCGAGGUGCAUGACCUGCGGGUAGUUCUUCACUCUGCUGACAAGGAGCUGUCUUCUGUGAAACUGGAGUACAGUGCGUUCAGAGAGAGCCAGGAGAAAGAGCUCAGCCAGCUUUCCGAAAGGCAUGUGCACGUCCAGCUGCAGCUCGACAGCGUCAGAUUAGAAAAGGAAAAGCUGCUCGAAAACCAAGCCUGCCUGCAGGACUCCUACGAAAACUUACAAGAGGUGAUGAAAUUUGAAAUUGACCAACUGUCGAAAAACCUCCAAAACUGCAAAAAAGAGAAUGAAACUCUGAAGUCUGAUCUGCACAAUUUGAUGGAACUUUUGGAAGCAGAAAAAGAGCGCAAUAACAAGUUAUCGUUAAAGUUUGAAGAAGAUAAAGAAAACAGUUCUAAAGAAAUCCUGAAAGUUCUUGAGGCUGUGCGUCAGGAGAAACAGAAAGAGAUGACCAAGUGUGAGCAGCAGAUGACAAAAAUACAGAAACUAGAAGAGAGCUUGCUUACUACUGAGAAAGUGAUCAGUUCUCUGGAGAAGUCUAGAGAUGCAGACAAGGAAGUUGUAGCUGACCUCAUGAACCAGAUCCAGGAGCUGAGAACAUCUGUCUGUGAGAAGACGGAAACCAUAGAUACCCUGAGACAGGAGCUGCAGGACAUCAACUGCAAAUACAACUCUGCCUUGGCUGACAGAGAAGAGAGCAAAGCGUUGAUCAAGCGACAGGAAGUGGAUAUCAUGGAUCUGAAAGAAACCCUGAGGCUGAGAAUACUCUCUGAGGACAUAGAAAGGGAUAUGCUUUGUGAAGACCUGGCUCACGCCACUGAGCAACUGAACAUGCUCACAGAGGCUUCAAAGAAACACUCGGGGCUGCUGCAGUCUGCCCAGGAAGAACUGACCAGGAAAGAGGCCCUGAUCCAGGAGCUGCAGCACGAGCUCAACCAAAAGAAAGAGGAAGUGGAGCAGAAGAAGAACGAAUAUAACUUCAAGAUGAGACAGCUGGAGCACGUGAUGGAUUCUGCUGCCGAGUAUCCCCAGAGUCCGAAAACACCGCCGCACUUUCCAACGCAUCUGACAAAACUUCUGGAAACACAGGAGCAAGAGAUGGAAGACGAAAGGGCCUCUAAGACUUCCUUGCAGCACCUCGUGUCGAAGCUCACAGAAGACAGGGAAGUCAAAAAUGCGGAGAUCCUCAGAAUGAAGGAGCAGCUGUGUGAAAUGGAAAACCUGCGCCUGGAGUCUCAGCAGUUACGAGAGAACACCUGGCUCCUGCAAGGUCAGCUGGAUGCCAUGAAAAGGCAGGACAGCAGUGAUCAGCAUCCAGACCAUCAGCAGCUGAAGAAUGAACAAGAAGAGGAAAUCAUCAAAGAAAGACUUGCUAAAAGUAAACUAGUUGAAGAGAUGCUGAAAAUGAAAGCAGACCUCGCGGAGGUUCAGAGAGCCCUUCACAGCAGCGAGUCGGACUGCCUCAGGAUGACUGCCGAGGUGGAGCGCACCAGGACGCUGGAGGCCAGGGCGUUCCAGGAGAAGGAGGAGCUACGCUCCAAGCUGGAGGAGAUGUACGAAGAACGGGAGAGGGCGCUGCAGGAGAUGGGGCUCCUGAGGAAGCAGGUGCAGUGUCUGGCGGAGGAGAACGGGAGGCUGCUCGGCCACCAGAACCUCCAUCAGAAGAUUCAGUACGUGGUGCGGCUCAAGAAGGAGAACGUGAGGCUGCUCGAGGACAUAGAAAAAUUGCGUGCUGAAAAUGUAUUUUUAAAGGAGAAGAAAAAGAACGAAUCCUAAGGAUCCUGAUCUCAUCUCUAGGCAUCACGAUAUUUCGCGAUUUUUUUUUUUUUUUUUUUUCUCUUCUAA